GCCCGGGGUGGGAGGGAGGGGUCUCUCCCCACUUCCCCUUCUCCGCCAUCUUGAGUGUGGCGCCAAAUGACACAAGAAGACCGCCACCACCCCCAGCAGCAGCGCAGAGCGCCACACUUCCGGUAAGCACACCGGAAGUAGCGACUAAACCCGGAAGUGCCGUGCCAGCGGGGCAGCGUCGCUAUAGGAACCGGACCCCCUUUUUACCACCUCCCCCCAAAAAAAAUGGGGCUCUGUAAGUGCCCCAAACGCAAAGUGACGAAUCUCUUCUGCUUUGAGCAUCGCGUUAACGUCUGCGAGAGCUGCCUCGUUUCUGGCCAUCAAAAGUGCAUCGUUCAGUCGUACCUCCAAUGGCUCCAAGACAGCGACUACAGCCCCGACUGCCCCCUGUGCCGCUGCCCUUUGGCCGCUCGCGACACCGUCCGCCUCGUCUGCUACGAUGUUUUCCACUGGUCGUGCCUGUCGGGACGGGCGCGGGCGCUGCCCCCCCGCACGGCGCCCGGCGGCCAUCGCUGCCCCACAUGUGGGGGGCCGCUCUUCCCGCCCCCCAACUUGGAGGGACCCGUGGCUACCGCCCUGCGAGCCCGACUAGCCACGGCCACCUGGGCCCGGCCCGGCCUGGGGCUGCCGCUGAUUGAGGACUCGGAGGCGACGUCGGAACCGGAGACCCCCGAUGGCAUCUGGGACGGCUUCGGGGCGCCGGAGCCGCCCCCCCCACCGCCCCCUCUGCCCCAUAGCGUCGUCCACAUGGGGGGAGAGACCCCCCCCACACACACGGGCUCUGCCCCACGGAAACCACUUGUGGGGCGCGAGAGUCGAGCGCUUCCCGACCGCGAUGAGGACAAAUAUCGGCGGCGGCUGCCCCACAAGUGGCUGCCCCACAAGUGGCUGCCCCACAGCCUGCGGUGCCGCCGCCCCCCCCCCCGCCCGGCGCUUCUCUUUGGGGCUGUAAUGGCGCUUCUGCUGCUGUUGCUGCUCGGAGGAGGGGGGGGGCUCACCCGGGGGGGCUCCGAUCCGGCUUUGGAUCCUCUCAACAACCCCCACAUCCGAGUUGGGCCCUGAACGGAACCCCCC